CUCGCUCGCCGUCUCCGACGACGGCUGCUCCCGCCUCUCACCACCCUUGCUGCGUUGAUAGGUCACCAUGAUCUCGAAGCUUCUGGCGGUCGCCACCGUUACUCUCACCAAUGCUUUGCCAGUCGCAGACGUGGGUUUGCCUGCAUGCCCGGUCCUCGCAGCCAACACGUGCACGCGUGACGGGUGCCCAAACAAAGCGUUGGGCGCGAAAGGAGAGUGCUGUUCCAACGGGAAAUUUUGCACGGGCGACAACGAGGCCGGGUGUUCCAGUGUUCCAGGAGGCUACCUGUGCGCGGUCGCGCCUAAGUACACCCCUCCGCGGGUGAGCCUCGGCGUCGAGUUCAUCAACAACUGCCCGUACGACGUGUUCCUCGAUGGGUGGGGCUCGCCCAAUCCAAGUAGUGCCCUCCCAACUCUGGCAUCGUGCUAUGUCCCUAAGGCUUCGAGCUGCGUGAUCGGAAAGUCGUGCACGACGGACGAGCCUAUCUCACAGGGGCACCGCUGCGACGUGGCCGCCGCGACGCGGACUCCCGAUCUCACAUCUCAAGGGACGCGGGUGACAUGGUGGCCUCGGGGACAGCAAGGCAUGAGCCAGAUGAUCGAGAUGAACCCGCCUCGGCCGCUGACAUUUUUCAAAGGCGAAGGCGACAAGCUCGGGCACGUUAGCUUCUCGAACUACGACGGUUUUAGCAUGUCGGCGAUGUACGUGGCUCUGGACGAGAGUGACAACGUUGCGUGCGCCGACGGUGGUGCCAAGUUUGCCAUUGGCGACCCACUUCCCGACGCGAGCAGCAAGUCCGGCUAGAGAGAGAGAGAGAGAGAGAGAGAGAGAGAGAGAGAGAGAGAGAGAGAGAGAGAGAG